CACUUCAAAGCCAAUCUCUAGCUGUCUCGUUUAAUGCCUUGUCUUUCUUGUUUCUAAUUAACUGACUCCAAGUAGAGAGAGAGAGAUCGUCGGGUUUCUUAUUUUCCAUCUCUUUCUCGGAAAGUUUUAAGAGUUUCCAGGAAAAAGAAAACAUAUUACUAAUUAUACAUACAACGUUACGGUUACGUAUAUGAAUGCUACUACACUGUCGGAAAUCUGUAGAUUCCAUGCUUCGUUGGUGUUGGAAACUUUGAAUCUUCGUUCCCGUUAAUCUCAGCUUGUUGUUUUUCACACCAUCAUGUCUUGGAAGAAAGUGGGUUCGAUUUUCUCUUUUCUCAAUUUCCAGCGUAUCCUGCAGCGGCGGCGACAACAGCAAGAGCAGUCACCGUUGCAGAUGGAGGGAGCUCAGGUGGCCGGCCAGCGCGGCAGACAUCCGAUCAAAACGCACGGAACCAAAGUGGCAAGGGAUCAUUUACAUGAUUGGCUAAUAUUAAUGCUUCUGGUUAUGAUAGAGGUUGGUUUGUUCGUCAUCCAUCCGUUUUAUCGGUUUGUUGGAAAGGAUAUGAUGGCUGAUCUCAAGUAUCCCAUGAAAGACAACACUGUCCCACUCUGGGCUGUUCCUAUUUACUCGGUUUUGUUACCGAUAUGUGUUUUCAUCUUCGUCUAUUUCCGGAGGAGAGACGUGUAUGAUCUGCACCACAGCGUCUUAGGCCUGUUGUUUGCGGUACUGAUUACUGCUGUUAUCACGGAUGCAAUCAAAGAUGCCGUGGGUCGGCCUCGACCGGAUUUCUUCUGGCGUUGCUUUCCCGACGGGAAAGAUGUUUACGAUCGAUGGGGUAACGUUGUUUGUCACGGAAACAAAGCUGACAUAAAGGAAGGACACAAGAGCUUCCCAAGUGGUCAUUCAUCGUGGUCAUUUGCAGGGCUAGGUUUUCUGUCACUCUACUUAUCAGGAAAAAUCAAAGUACUCGAUCGCCAAGGACAUAUCGCCAAACUCUGCAUCAUUGUGCUUCCUCUGCUCGCAGCAUCACUCGUUGCUGUUUCUCGAGUAGAUGACUACUGGCACCAUUGGAACGAUGUCUUCGCGGGUGGUUUUCUAGGCCUUGUCGUGGCUACAUUUUGCUACCGGCAGUUCUUCCCUAACCCAUACGAUGAUGAUGGAUGGGGGCCCUAUGCUUAUUUUGCUGCACUGUUGGAGGAAUCGUCGAAUGACAAUGUGGAUGCCGCUGCUCAAACUACGAAUGCACUCACUGCGCAGGCUAUGGAGGUUCAUGUUGUAAAUCAAACGCCUCCGUCGAACGAAGAUAACUUUUCAACACCAGAAUUGGAUUAUGGAUCAACUUCAAGAUUAGAAGAUAUAGAACGAGGAAGAAGGUGAACCACAUGGUCAGCAAAGAACUGCAGCCGAAUCUUAAAAUUUGUAAGUUUUUCUUUUAAUGUAUGUGGAUAUGAGUAUACGUUUCGGUUCAGUUUGAUAAUAAGAAAAGAGAUUGUAAAUGAUGGAAUUGGAGCUUAAAUGUGAACCUCUCUUGGACAGCUAAGCAUAUGGGUCUGCAAACAAGUUGGUGAUUAGAAUUUGUAUAAACAGAUUGACACCUAGUCUUGGACUCAUCAUAUGCACAAGGACACCACUAUUAAAGUAAUAAGUAAUGCGAU